AGAAAAUGAGGCCAAUCUUUUGUGGAAACUUUGACUUUGAGGCACGUUCAUCUGACUUAGAGCGCCUCUUCCGACGAUAUGGCAAAGUUGAUAGAGUGGAUAUGAAAUCUGGAAUGUAUUGGCAUAUUCUUGUCUCAUUUGGAUGAUGGAUGGGCCAUUCCUAGUAUUUCCAGCUUAUGUCACAUUUUCCUCUUCUUGUUCCAAGAAGAGCCUGUUUGAUCCAUUUGGCACUAUCAUCCCGCUAGCGUCAGAUACCAUCACCGCCUCUUAUUCCUUGUGAUAUUUCUCCAGCCUCUAAAUUCCGACACGUUUCCUAUCACGUAUCAUGCCGACCUCACCGCGGAGGCCACAUCAUACAUGGAGAUUACCCCUCUAUCAUUGAAAUCCUAUGAACUUUUGGCUUUUAUGCUUGACAUCAUUUAGUCGAUCUCAGGAUUCGCAUUUGUGUAUAUGGAUGAUGAAAGAGAUGCUGAAUAUGCCAUUCGAGCUCUUGAUAGAUCUGAAUAUGGUAGAAAGGGAAGGAGACUCCGCGUUGAGUGGACAAAGCACGAAAGAGGUGGCAGAAAACCAGUCAGUUCUAGAAGGCCUCCCAAUACAAGGCCAUCAAAGACCUUAUUUGUCAUCAAUUUUCCCUAUGAUACCAAGACAAGGGACUUGGAAAGACACUUUGAACCAUAUGGGAAGAUUCUUAAUGUAAGGAUCAGAAGAAAUUUUGCAUUUGUGCAGUACGAGUCACAGGAAGAUGCUACUAAAGCUCUGGAUGCCACAAACUUGAGCAAGUUAUUUGAUCGGGUCAUCUCUGUUGAGUAUGCUUCUCGUGAUGAUGAUGACAACAGAAGAGGUGGGUACAGCCCAGAGAGAAGAGGCCGUGAUAGGUCACCUGAUAGGAGGAGGAGGUCACCAAGUCCUUACAGAAGAGAGAGAGGAAGUCCUGAUUAUGGAACUGGUUCUAGCCCUGCUCCCUACAGGAGAGAGAGAGGGAGUCCUGAUUAUGGGAAUGGUACAAGCCAUAGUCCUCGUCGAAUACAGAGGAGUCCUGAUUAUGGGAAUGUCCCAAAUCAUAGUCCUCAUCGAGUACAGAGGAGUCCUGAUUAUGGGAAUGGCUCAAGCCGAAGUCCUCGCCGAGUACAAGGGAGUCCUGAAUAUGGGAAUGGCCCAAGCCGAAGUCCUCGUCGAGUAGAAAAGAGUCCUGAAUAUGGGGUUCGUUCCAGCCGUAGUCCACGUCGAGUACACAGGAGCUCAGAAUAUGUCCGUGAUCGGAGUAGGAGUGCAAGCCCUCGUCCUGAGCAGAGGCGCUCUCCUGGUUUCCGUGAUCGUAGUAGAAGUCCUCGUGGGGGUGACAGAAACGGGAAUGGUUAUGGUCGUCGCCCGAGUUUAAGCCCGUAUCCAGAGGAAGGAGCCAUCUCUGAUGAUGCUAGAGAACCCAGGAGCCCAAUUAACAAGACUAGCUUGAGAGAUAGCCCUAUUGGUGAAUAUGGAAGCCCAGUCAACAGAUAUAGAAGUCCCUCACCUCCAGGGCGGGAAAGAUCACAAUCUUGAUCUGCAUUUUGGUUAAAUAUUGGACGAGAUGUUCAACUGCUUUCAUAUUGGCCCAGUUCGUAAGACUUGAUCUGUUACAUUUACAUUGUCUCUAUGAUUUUAUGUCAGAAUAUUACUAGUUUGUAGUUUAAGCUUUGGUUGUCUAGUCUAGGUUUGUGUAUCAAGUGAAAUAUGUAAUUCUGACUAACCCACAAUGACAAUGAGUCCCAAUACAUGUUCGUCAUUCGC